AUGAGCAAAGAAUCAAAGAAUAACAUUUUGAAAUACUUUAGCUCUACUGCCUCAACAUCUUUGCAAGCUUUUAAAAAACUAAAACUAGACGACAACGUUAUUCAAAAUAAUGAAAUUUCCUUAAAGUCGACAUCAUCUCAAAUUUCGGCUUCUGAACUAUUAGAUAAUACAAAAAAUUUAGUUUCUACUUUUGAAGCACGAAAAGAUAUUUCUUACUACAUAGGAAAACAGUGGUCAGCUGAAGAAAAAAUAGAUAUUUUAAAAAAUAUAUGGGUACCUGAUCCAAAUUAUAAAUUUCCUCAAAGUGGCAAUAGGAACUUGAGAUUUCAAAUAAAUUGGACGUAUGAGUUCUGUUGGCUUCGUUACUCAAAAAUACAAGAUGGGGCUUUUUGUUUGACCUGUAUUUUGUUCCCACCAUCAGAUGGAUUAGGAAAGGGUGGUCAUCAAAAUCCUGGGAAAUUAGUUAUUGAAAAAUAUAAUAAUUGGAAAAAAACCAAAGAUUUGUUUAUGAAUCACCAAAAUAAUCAUUACCACAAACUUAGUCAAAUUAAAUUUGAUAGUUUUUUGGUAAUUAGAAUUAAAAAAGUUGAACCAAUUGACAGACAGAUAAAUGAAACUUUAAAAAAAGAAAUGAAUGACAACAGAGAUCGUCUCCGUCCAAUUAUUAAAACCAUUUUAUUUUGCGGAAAUCAAGGAAUUUCGUUAAGAGGGCAUAGAGAUUCGGGAGUUAUUGAUCUAAAUGAACAUGCUAGUACAGAAAAUCAGGGAAAUUUCAGAGAGCUAAUUAAAUUUCGAAUCGAUUCUGGUGACAAUGUGCUUAAAAAUAAUUUAGAAACUACCAAUAAAAAUUCCACCUAUUUAAGUCAAUCAAUCCAAAACGAAAUAAUAUCAAUCUGCAAUAAAUUAAUUCUAGAACAUUUGGUAGCUAAUGUUAAUAAAUCUAAGUCGUUCACCAUUUUGGCUGAUGAAACGACAGAUAUUUCUAACAAAGAACAAAUGAUAUUAUGUGUUCGUUAUGUUGAUUUAAAUGCAAAUAAAAUUAGAGAAGACUUCCUACAAUUUAUCGAAAUUCAAAAUAUGUCAGGAUAA